AAAAUGAGAUAGAACAACUUUUGCCAUGCAUUAAACAUGACCAGGAAGCACCACGGGGAACACAAGAGAUAAUUGCAACAGUAAAGAACUAAAUUGCUCCAGUGUGCUCUCUAGGAAAGAGAACGCCAGUCUGUCAUACAACGUUUCAAAACAGUUAAAGUUGAGAGUCCCUGGAAAGCAGCCUCAUACUACCUGUGGCAGAGAGCCAUUGAGGAAGGGAGGCAUGGUUAUGGCCCACAUAGAGCACUCUUGCCCCUGUGCCUCCUAUUACUGCCUCAGCCCAGGAGCCUGCUUCUCAGAGAGCAGAUCCUGAGUGAAGUGUAAAGCAUCUUGAGGCCUUCCUAGGCUGUGGAACACAUCAUACUGCUGAUAGAAGGUAUACUGUGAGAGAAGAAGCUAGGCUACCUGAUGGGCCAGGCCACAGUGACCUGUCUACCACAUCAGGGCCAGCUGCUCUCACUCAGGCCGUCACCUCAUGACUGCCCAGCACUUGAGUGUGCCUGAUUUGUUGUCUGGAGAAGGGUGCUCAGGAUCGCCGCUUCAAUGAUGAGAUUGACAAACUGACUGGAUACAAGACAAAAUCACUUUUGUGUAUGCCCAUAAGAAACAGUGAUGGAGAGAUUAUCGGUGUGGCACAAGCAAUAAAUAAGACUCCUGGAGGUGCCCCAUUUUCUGAUGACGAUGAAAAAGUGAUGCAGAUGUACCUCCCAUUCUGUGGGAUUGCCAUAUCCAAUGCCCAGCUAUUUGCAGCUUCAAGGAAGGAAUAUGACAGAAGCAGGGCUUUACUGGAAGUAGUGAAUGACCUCUUUGAAGAACAAACUGACUUAGAGAAAAUUGUCAAGAAAAUUAUGCAUCGGGCCCAGACUCUUCUCAAGUGUGAACGGUGUUCAGUAUUACUUCUGGAAGAUAUUGAAUCACCAGUAGUGAAAUUUACAAAGUCCUUUGAGCUGCUGUCUCCAAAAUGCAGUGCUGAUACUGAAAACAGUUUCAAAGAAGGUGUGGAGAAAUCAUCAUCUUACUCUGACUGGCUAAUAAAUAACAGCAUUGCUGAACUUGUAGCUUCCACGGGUCUCCCAGUGAAUAUUAGUGAUGCCUAUCAGGAUCCUCGCUUUGAUGCUGAAGCUGACCAGAUCUUUGGCUUUCACAUAAGGUCUGUUCUCUGUGUUCCUAUAUGGAAUAGCAGCCACCAAAUAAUAGGGGUAGCUCAAGUGUUGAACAGACUUGAUGGGAAGCCUUUUGAUGAUGCUGACCAGCGAUUGUUUGAGGCCUUUGUUAUUUUCUGUGGCCUGGGCAUCAACAACACAAUUAUGUAUGACCAAGUGAAGAAAUCCUGGGCAAAACAGUCUGUGGCUCUUGAUGUUUUAUCUUAUCAUGCAACAUGUUCGAAGGCAGAAGUUGAUAAAUUUAAGGCAGCAAACAUCCCUCUGGUGUCAGAGCUUGGCAUUGAUGACAUCCAUUUUGAUGACUUCUCACUUGAUGUGGAUGCCAUGAUUACUGCAGCCCUGCGGAUGUUCAUGGAACUUGGAAUGGUUCAGAAAUUUAAAAUUGACUACGAGACGCUGUGUAGGUGGCUUUUGACAGUUAGGAAGAAUUAUCGAAUGGUUUUGUAUCACAACUGGAGACAUGCUUUCAACGUGUGCCAACUAAUGUUUGCCAUGUUAACUACAGCAGGAUUUCAAGAGAUUCUGACUGAAAUUGAAAUUUUAGCUUUGAUUGUGGGAUGCUUGUGUCAUGACCUUGACCACAGGGGAACCAACAAUGCCUUCCAAGCCAAGAGCGGAUCAGCCUUAGCUCAGCUCUACGGCACCUCUGCUACCUUGGAGCACCACCAUUUCAAUCAUGCUGUCAUGAUUCUCCAAAGUGAGGGUCACAACAUCUUUGCUAACUUGUCCUCUAAGGACUACAGUGACCUUAUGCAGCUUCUAAAGCAAUCGAUAUUGGCAACAGACCUCACGCUGUAUUUUGAGAGAAGGACAGAAUUCUUUGAACUUGUCGGUAAAGGUGGUUAUGAUUGGAAUGUUAAAAACCAUCGAGAAAUAUUUCGAUCAAUGCUAAUGACAGCCUGUGACCUUGGAGCUGUGACCAAACCGUGGGAGAUUUCAAGACAGGCAGCUGAGCUGGUAACCAGUGAGUUCUUUGAACAAGGAGACAGAGAAAGAUCUGAACUGAAACUCAUCCCUUCAGCCAUUUUUGAUCGGAACAGGAAAGAUGAACUACCCAGGUUGCAGCUCGAGUGGAUUGAUAGCAUCUGCAUGCCAUUGUAUGAGUGUCUUGUGAAGCUGAACGUGAAACUGAAGCCUAUGCUGGACUCUGUGGCAAAAAAUAGAGGUAAAUGGGAGGAGUUGCACCACCAAAGACUUCCUUCUCAGGCAGCAUCCUCGUCCUCCUUUCCCUCUACUUUUACCAUGUCUCUCAAAGACAUAAAUUAAGCCUGCAAACGUCAGUGUUUAUUUAUGAUAAGAGCUGUCUGAAAGGAUUUCAAAAGCUUUGGCACACCAUUUUUAUUUUUUAAAGAAACACUUUCACAGAUAUGCUUAAUUGAUUGGAUAGUAUCUUGACAGCAGCCUGGCCUGCUAUUACGGGCAGGCAUAGUGGAUCUGAAGGGAAGGCCUGCAGUGAGAUUGCGCUGGUUUCCAAAGCGACAAGGAGGACUUAGCACAAGAAGCAUUUAUUCAGCUCUGCUACAUUUCAACUGCUGCCAUAAAAAUCUGUAGAACUGACAACAGACUGAAAUAUAAGAACUUACAACUUAAUAAAAUUAAUAAUACAGAGCAGAACUGGGAUGCAAGCUGGUCAAUUCAUAUGCAAGGAGCUGCAGGAAAACAGAAUAGUGUGUAAUUACAUUGUUGUUUUGCAUCUCGUCAGUACAUGUUAUGAAUCAAUUAUGCCUGCUUUUGUGAUGUUCCUCUCUUCCCUCCUCUUUUAUGCCUGGAUGUUCUGAGAAGCCUGCUUUGUAUUCUAAAGAAGUAUUUUUUUACAACAACGCUUCUUAGUGAUUGAUCAGGGCCUUUAGAAUUGCCUACCUUUGCUACAUUUAAAAACAAACUUUAUUAUCUUUAAAAAUACCAAUCUGUCCCUGCUUCCCUGAGAAAUUCAUAUUAACAAUGCAGUAAAUUUCUCUGCAAGGGGAAGCUUGCAUUAAAGCAAAAUACUGCACGCUAAUUUUAGAGGGUUUUUUUUUUUAAAUACUCCUUUAGCACGUUUUUUUUUUUUUUUUUUUUUAAAUUACAGUGUACCCUAUGGGAAAAAGUAAUGGGCUUCAAUGAAUAUAGAAUAAAAAUAAAAAGGAAAUCUGCUGCCUUAUGCUUCAGGUUUAUAUUAAAUUGAAAACUGGACCGUGGAUGAACCUCUCUAGUAUAAUUUGCAGUAGAAAUGAAUAUUUUAAAAUGGUAAAGAGAAAGAGUAUUAUCAUACUGAACUGACUACCUCUUACUUCUCUUGCAGUACUCUCAGUACACUUUAAGAGGACGUUAUUACAGCUAGCACAGCGCUAGGCUCACACAUAAACAUCUGUGGUAGAGGGGUUCUUUAAAGUUUAAUCAAAAUCAAUAGGUCACAGAACCAAAUGUGUUCAGCUCUGCGUGAUGACACUGGUAUUAUGCGAAAGUUGGUCUCCUUCCAUCAGUGUACAGAUCUCUAGUAUUGGAAAGCUACGGUGUCUGAAUUGAGGGUGCUUUCUCUGCUGCGUGAUGGGACCCAAGAGGAGUGAUGUUGCAGUGCUUAAGAGUUCCCAUUCAUGGGCGAAGAAAAGCCUUUGUACUCAUUGAAAAUGCCAUAGUAAAUAUAGGCUCGUCUGGCAACCGAAAUUAAAGCUGAAUUUGGCUACAUUUUACACCUGUGAUGAUGUCCGUUUGCUUCAUGGAAUUACUUUGAACUGGCAGCAGCUUCACAGAAACCAGAACCUGGCCCAACCAACCAAAUGCCAAAAAGAGCUUCCCUGCUUCCCAGUGCAAAGAAGUCCUUAGUUGAAAAGCUGACAUCUGUCCGACAAUCAAACAGAAACAACAGAUCCGCUGACCGCUUCCUUAAGUAAAAACACAGACCAAAAACAAAACAAAGUCCUCUGUGCUACCAAUCACGUGUACAGGGGAAUAGGUGGAAAUUUCAGUACCAUUACAAACCAACCUGUCACCACACAACUGAACCACAUCACUUUAUCUACCGAAUGAAGCAGUGUAGGAGCAGAAACACAGAGUGCACAGCAGUGAACACACACAUCAAAUGGAAAUGUUCCUGCUACUAUUUUACCACUUUUUUCUUCCCCGAAUAAAGAUAGAUGCCGGAUAGUAAACAGCAAGACACAUACAACUUGUAAUGCAUACUUUAUAUGGGAAACAGAUACCAGAAACUGACACAGUACUGCUGGCUCGUACGCAGAGCUCUCCUGAAUUUUGAUAUUGCAUAUUGCUACGUGUAACAUAAUUUACAGCGCACACCCUGAAGCUUCCCCCAAGGUUGAGUUUCCCCUCGUUUCCUCUCCUUUUUAUUGGCUUCAGUGCGCUGUUGCCCAUGGCAACUCCCACGGCAGUGAUGGGAAUUCAGCACCGCACCACCUGACAUCCAGCUGAAGCUCUAACAAUGUCAACCAUCAAUCAAGUGACUGUUUGUAAUUGCCUCCAUCCAUUUCUCCUGUCUUUCGGUAGCUUGGCUAUUGUGGGUCAAAAUCCAGAAAGUGCUGACUAAUGUUAUGGUUCUGUUCCUCCAUCACAAGGAAGAAAAUGAGAGAGCACAGUUAGAUCUUUAUCAAAUUGUUCUCAGGCAAAAUGAGGCAGCACUGCUGAAAUCAGGGGGUCACAGCAGCGUAUCACAGAGCAGAAUUUGGUGUCUGAAAGCUAUACAGUUCAAUAUUAUUAUUUUAUAAAAGCUUUUUUUUUUUUUGACACAGCUUAGGAAUCAGCAAAAGAUUCACAUCUUUGACAGAAAAAGAAAAUUCUUCAUGGAAGCAAAAAGAAUCUUAUUCCAAGUUUCUCAUAUUGAAAAGGAUGGAAAGCAGUUCUUAAUGAGUGCUUACAAGCUUUAUAGGCAGGCACUGUGUCUGCUUCUCAUUAUCUCUGACACCAAGACAUUUUUCCAGUAAUUUGGUUGGUUUUGACGCUACCCUGAGACACACGCAGCACAGGUGAGAUGACUGCGGGUUAUGAAGUCUGAAUUCUCUUUCUUUUACUCCCUUCCCUGCCCAAUGCACAAGAUCAAAACGCAUGGAGCCUAUCUGAUUUCAUGGUUGCAUAUAAAGCACAGGGCCAGCAGGGCGAGGACAAAGGCAAGGAGGAUGGAGAUCCCACUGUUACCCAGGCCAGAGCUGGUAGAUUGCUGCUUGGCCUUCCCCUGCAGAUGCCCACCACACUCAGUGGCUCAGCGUCAGAGGAGCCCUCACUUCUCUGCCCCUACUGUCAGUGGAAAUUUUGCCUGGAAUGGGGACUCAAGAAUUUACAACUACAGUGCUAAAAUGGAGUUAGCACAAGGUGCAUCCAUAGGAGCUGCAUUCUCCUCAAAGGUGCUCUGAGCCAGUUUAGUUGUAAUGCUGUCCUCAGAAAUAGUUCAGGCUAGGCAGAAUUUCCACUCAGGAUUCCCACCUGUCAGACAGCUUACCAAAAAUCAACCCUUCCUCACCAAAGAGAAAAAGAUCUAAACGCUGUAGCAUCACCUAGUGCAACCAGGAAGGCGCCUGGCAUUCAGAUCCUGUUUGGUUCAGAGCAGGCUUCAAACUACAGGUGCACCUUGCUCCCUACAGGGAGGCACAAGGGCAGCCUGUCUCUUCCCUCCUGCUGAAGCCCUUUACACAUGCUGAUCAAGAUGUGACAUCCAGGUGUGUGGUUCCUGCUUCAUGCCUGGGGAGCUGCACAAGGCAGAAAGGCAUUGGUGGAAGAGCUCAGAAGGGGCUCCAGUGUGCAUCCUCCUGGGUUAAAGCAGAGCCCUGCAUUACAACUCUGUGACCCCACCAGGAAACCAGUGCUGCUCAAGGCUCAGAGAACUUGAACUGGACACUCUCCUAUGGAUCAGACAGAAGAAGGAUUUCCCACCUCCUGAGAAUGAGACAACCAAGAGGUACUAGCAGUAAAAUCAGACAAUUCGCCCUAAAACUGAAUCACUGUUCAGGCCUUUCUCCCAGCCUGGGACCUACAAGCAAAAUAAAACUUCCUAAUUCGAUCAAGACCUAGACAGCUGCUUCUGGCAGGACACAGUUUGGUGUCACACACAAGGUUAGGAAACAGUAGCUCAUGAAAGUUUAAUCUGGAUGCCUAACGUGGCAAUCAGACACAUAACUCCCCAUGCAGCUCUGUCUUAGCCAGCUUGCUCUCCUUUGCCAGACCAGGGAUCUUGCUGAGAAGGUCAUUAGUAUGUUUAGUACCCUGCUGGAAAUAACUAGAGCGUAGAUGAGUGUGUUUCUUUUUAGCUCAGGUAUUCAUUCAGAUGGUGUCCUUGGUACAGCGGCUGCAUUUUCAGGACUGGUGUCCUUGCUAAUUGCUCCUCCUUAUAGUGCACUGCUAUUUCAUAACGUGCCUGUAGUUAUCAGCAAAGCCAAUACUAGUAUUCACAAACUGUUUUGGAAAACUGCAACCAGCAGUGCCUAAGAUAGUUUUUAAUAUUUAGACUAAUUGUUCCCAGUAGAAAAAUGGGAGUGUUUCAGUCUACAGGUCAAAGAUUUAUUUUCCCUCCAUACAAUUACAAUACUAAAAUCGUGUGAACGGUUUCUAAGAAAACAGAAUUGUGAGGUAAAUAGCAGGUGAAAUGAGAGAUUUUCAUUACCUGAAUGUGACAGUAUUGGAAUCUAUACUGUGUAUUGGUUGUUACCUUUUCUUUCUUGUAUUUAGUUACCAAUUUAUAAGCAUGUUGGACACUGCCUCUUACAGUUGUGUGGAGAGUACCACUGUAAGCUUUGAACCUUCAUGUAUGGGCAACAACAGACACAUGCACAGAAACAGCAUGUAUAUUUUCAAAUGCAAGAGCAUCCUACUUGCCUUCAAAAAUACACAAUAAAUAUCCUUGCCUCCUUGUCCUUUUUGCAUUUUAAGAUCAUUACCCUCAUUGUUUUGCUUUAGUAGGUCAAACAAUGCUGAGUCAGCUUUUUAAAAGCAUGUUUUUGAAAUUAACAAUUUGGUUUUAUUGGUCUCUCUAAAAAAAUAAAAAUAAGUCACGUAAUUGUCUCCUGUGA